GACUCGAGGACCAUGCGCAAGCUUCUCGGCAAGGCUGCGCCAGAUGCCAGCAGCGGCGACCUGGCCAGCAACCAGGGAGCCAUCCCGACCGUCUUCCGGCCCUCCAAAUCGCAGAAUGCCGUAUAUCCUGUCGGCAGCCCGAUUUCCUGCCUCGACGUGACGCCCGACCAUCGAGCCGCGGUGCUGGGCGGCCCUCACAUCCUCAAGACGGUCGUGUCGGACACGGCUGGCGACUCGAGCUUCAGCUUCAAGUUUACCGACGGCGUCGACGUCAGGGCGGCCAUUACGGCGCAGAAGCCGUCCGGCACGGGAGGCAGCCUUGUUGCCGACCAGCUCAACAUCCGUGAUGUCAAGUGGCAAGGCGCGUCGACCAUCUUCACGGCCUGUGCGGCCGGGCGCAUCUUCGCCUACGACGUUGCCAGGCUGGGGUCUGGCGGCGCAUCGGAGCCCCUCGAGUACAUACAGAUGCAGGAGGACUCCCGACAGGUCAACAGUCUGGAUGUCAAUCCUCACCUCAAGAGCUGGGUGCUGUCUGGCAGCCAGGAUGGAGUCGUCCGGGUCUUUGACGUCUCUGCGCCACUGCAGACCAGGGCCGGCUUCCUGACCUUUAGGCAGCGGUUCUCGCAGCUGAAGACCAACGACUCAGUCAGGCAGGUCAAGUGGUCGCCGAGGGUCGGACACGAGAUGGCCUGCUGCACGGAUUCGGGCGUGAUUAUGAAAUGGGACGUCAGGCAGGCGGCUCGGCCUUUGCUACGGAUCAAUGCACACGAAAAGUCGUGCUCUGCCAUUGCCUGGCAUGCGGAUGGCGUCCACCUGAUGAGCGCUGGCUGGGAUGCCAAGCUGCACGUAUGGGACUUUGGGGCGACGGCAGACAAGCGGCAGAAGCCCAAAUGGAGCAUCACCACGCCGGCCCCCGUGACCACGAUUGCCUGGCGCCCGGGCCUGUGGUCCGCAACUGCCCAGACCCGUCGUCUUGCCCAGGUCGCAGUGAAUUACGACGAGACGAGCAAUCGAAGAUACGGCAGCUCCGUCGUCCAUAUCUGGGACUUGGCAAGGCCGGCGAUGCCGUACAAGGAGAUUGAGCGCUUCGACAGCUCGCCAUCGGCGCUCUACUGGCUAGACCAAGACAUGCUCUGGACCGUGGGGCGGGACGGCAUGUUCAACCAGUGUGACGUUGCCUAUGCGCCGAAAGUCAUUGACCGGAUGUCCACCUCUGCCAUGGCCUUUUCAUCCCGGGGAGACGUUGUCAUGUUCCUCGAUGAGAGGCCGCAACCUCCUCGACCACACGCAUCUGUCAGCCACGAGACCGAGGUGAUUCCCCGGACUCCCUUCAGCACAAGCCCCAAUACCCCGAUGCUCAGCGUCAGCCGAAGCGAUUCAGAAGAAGACGUUCUGGGCAGCUUCCUCGGACCGCGAAGGCGAACGGUCCGCAAAAGGAGGUUCAGCACCAGAUCAGGCUUGCCGAUGAGCACCACUCCGCCGUCCUUGCCCAACCUGUCGGAUGAUGGGAAGCAGGUUCUCGGUCUUGAGCAGUCGAUCAACGUCACCGGCAUCUUCAAGACGCAGCAGGGCAUGGCGUCCGGCCAUGUGCCAUCCGCGAAGUCGGUCAGCGUGUACAAGUAUCUUUCAAGCAUAUACCUAGAAACCCUUAAACGUGAGUUACCUCAACAUGAAGACGACAAAAGGACUCUCGUCCAGCGUGUGGCGGACAUCAUGGAACAAUAUGCCGUGGCGGCUGAGAAUGCCCGAUUGUACCGGCUAUCACAAACAUGGCGCAUCCUCGCUUAUGCGAUGUCACUGCUGCUGGAGAGGCGUGCCGAGUAUCACCUGCAGCUCAGAACAGCUCGGUUCCGCAAGAGGAGUCUCGACGAGGGGAAGGUGACCAUCAAGAAGACGCCCAGCCAUAUCCACGUCAACCGUCUCGCCAAUGGUGAAGACACACCACGCCGAGCCUCCGGCCAAGCUGGCAGUGUUGACGGCCGCUUCAACAUGGCGAGGUCGCUGCUGUCAGAAGAGAUCGAAAGCACUUCCAACGUGCCAACUCCCCUUGCCAGGCCCGUAGGCGAGGGCGAUACUGUAGAGUGGGACGAGCGACACUAUCUCCACGGAAAGAAACUGACACCCAUUAUCGAACCUGAAAGCCUCAACCUGGGGCCGUCCGCUCACGGAUCCUACCGUCCAAGCCCACGCCAGCGUCAUGACUCUGCCCCCAUCUCGGAGGUAAGCCAGGACAGCGAAACGUCCAAGGUUUCUGUCACGGAGGGAUAUGACUUCUACGACAUGGAGGCCUUGUCACGGGCUAUUGAUGUGCCAAUGUCCAAGAACUCAUACAAUGAUGCGCAGCCGCCUCAUCGAGUAAAGGCAACCAGGCACGAUUCCACCGAUAGCUUUGCUCAAGUGUUUUCUUCCGAUAGUGAUAUCACUUCGCCAAGGAGGAGCUCGUCCAACGCCCCGAGCUCUUUGAGACCAGAGUCACUGCGAAUCUCGGCAAUCGGCAACAAGAUUGGUGCCGAGUUUGCGAGUCUAGCUCACGAGGAUGGCGAGCCGCAGUCGCCGACACAAACGAAGAAGGAUUCAACUGGAUCCGAGCCGCAGGCCCGGGCAGAGUCUCCGGAAGAAGUCUUUAUGAUCUCUCAAACGACCGCAGCCACGGACGAGACGUACCCAUCUCAGGUAUCUUUUGCCUCGCAGACGGAUUCCGAUGUCCAUCAGGGAUUCGCCGGCCACCACUCGACUCCGUCCAAUGACCUGCUGCUGGCUCGGCUGCCAAGCCCAGCUCCCGUGGCGACGGCUCCCGAAUACGACGCCAGCCCCCAUAUCGUCUUGACCGACUACUUUCCCUGGACAGGCGACGGCCCUUACCCCUUCCCUACCGAGGUAUCAGACUCGAAAUCCUUCAAAACCCCCAGUAUACCCGCAUGCCCGCUUAAUCCAUACUCUCUCUUGACGCGUGCGCUGGAAUUCGAAUCGCGGACUUCGGCACUCAAUGCCGCGGCGAUGGUGCUCCUGCUCAAGCCGCUGGUCCCUGAAUAUGUCAUCGACACCUACCAAGCAACUGCUGUUCUGCGACAGCACCACUCACGUCUCAUGGGGAUGAGCCUCUUCGUCGAGGCCGCCCUCCUACGCAACCUAGCCGUUAAAGGCUGGCCCGCUGGGCUGCCCAACUGGGGCGAAAACUACACCUCUCUGUUCACACCAGCUCAGCAGGGCGUUAAAGCAGGCUUCAUGUGCUCCAACUGCCGUAAACCUCGGGAAAUAGACCGUAGCCGCGGCGACACUGCCCUCUGGACUUGCGAAAGGUGUCGCCAGGCCGUGAGUCCCUGUGCAGUUUGCGGACAUCGAGACGCUGCCAUUGCCAGCUCGCUGCCUACCGAGGUUGUCGACAUCCCGAGCAUAGACACGUGGAUGACGGGAUGGUGGUACUGCCCCAGCUGCUGCCACGGCGGCCACGCCUCGUGCAUGCAGACCUGGCACGCCGCGCUCAGUCCCUCCGAGGCGACGUCGUCGUCGACCGUCUACAGCGACGGCUGCUGUCCCGUCGACGGCUGCGGCCACGCCUGCCUCCCGGGGAAGUACAGGGGCGAGACGGCAGCCGCCAGGGCGGAGGAGCUCGGCCGGGCCGCCGCCGUGGACAGCGGGCGGAUUCGGGACGAGCUCUCGCGGACGAGCACCAGCAGGAGGUCCAGCCCGGGGCGCGGUGGCGGGCCGAGCAGCAGCGGCGGCGGCAUGGGGGUCGAUCGCAGCAUCAAGAGCGAUGCGAACGACGUGCCGCAGAGCAAAGCCGUUGGCGUGGCGAGGGAGGCGCUGAACAAGAGCGGCGGCGGGGGGAUCCUCAGCUCGAGCCCUGGACGGGCGACGAUGACGGGGGAGAGGGAGAGGAGGAAGAGCGUCAAGUUUGCGAGGACGUAAAGGGGGUGGGGGACUCGGAGUCCAGGGCCAUGUUUACGCACGGAUGGUGUUUUUUGUCACGGAGUAUCUUUCAUUAUGUCGUUGGUCGUUUUCCUUUUGCCUGUCCGUUUUAAGCAAGGUGUUUUGGGGGUGUGAUACUGGGAUGAUGAUGAUUGGGGUUUCCUGUUACAGUGUGGAAAGGCUGUGUCUGUCUGUGUGUGUUAAGAACGAGAGUUCAGGGGCUGGUGGCCUGUCUGUUACACGAGUGUACCGCAAAGCCGAGAACCGACCGUUCCAUUGGAUUUUCAACUACGAUAUACGAAUGGGACCUGCCGAUCCCAUGAAAAUGAGUCGAUGGAAGC